GUGUCAGUUUGUUUCAAAUAUUUUUAGCCUAAAAGCCUCCCAAAAACAGAUAAAACUCGUUUGGCUUACCUAUGUAAGGACGGGAAAGCGUUCAGGCCUUAUUUUUAAAUUACAGCCCAAGCAACUGCCAACAUUACUGGCCAGCAUGUUUCCCGAUGACCUCGACCUUGAACCCUUCAAUCCGUUCAAUGUGGGACCGCCGAACAGCGGUGCUCGCUCCGAAUUCAAAAUUCCAACCUGCGUUACGUAUCCGCCACCGGUGUUUUUGGCCAAGCCCGAAUAUUUAAAGUCGGCAGAAGGCGGCUCCAAGGCCUCGCUCUACCGGGAUGGCAAACCGAAGCUGGACCAGUCGAAGUCAGGCGAAGUGGCCAUUUCCAAGGCCAUCAACGAGGAGAUGGCUGUGGCCAAAAAGCAGGCCGCUGCCAUUCAUGAAAAAGACCGCAUCGAUGCAGGAGGCGUUUCGAAAGUGAAACUCGCCGAGGAAUCCCGUUCGCAGGAUGCAGUUUCAAAAGGAUCUCUGCGCACUUUGAUGCCAGUGAAGUCGAAUCGCCAGUCGAGUGGAGAAGGCAAAAACAAUUCAUCCAAAUCGGAAUUAAGUGUGGCCUCCAAAGAGAGCAGCGCCUCAAAGUCAAGUCGGGCCAGCAUUGCUACAAAGGCUUCCAAAAUUUCUCAGGCCGCAUCUGUUGUUUCCAAUACAAGCUCUUCAAAUGCCUCACUCACUCCCAAAUCCAUAUUGAAGCCAACAAAGUCCAUUGAAGCAGCUAAGGCUUCCUCCACCACAAUUAAAUCAAAGGUAUCGGAAACAGCCUCGAAAAUUAGCACUAAAAGCUCUGUCAAUUCAAAGACCAAAGUUGCAGAUUCUAAGAGAUCUCUCAAACAACAGAAAUCUGAUUCCAUUUCACAGCGAUCCGUGAAAUCCAAGACUUCAGACGCAGAAACCCUUGGUUCUAAAAAAGAAGAUGCAAAAGAAGAAACUUCAUCCAAAAAGGGCAAAGAAGACCCCACGUCUGAUAAGAUUAGAUCGAUUACCUACAAUUCAAAAGUACUCCCCGAAUCAAAGGACGGUCCCAGUUAUAUCCAAUCAGAAUCGGCCUUAUCCUACAGACAAUCCUUGAAAGAACAGGCCGCCGAAAUGGCCGAUCGCCUAAACGCCGGUAAUGAAAACUUUAGACGAUACGACUCUGUGGUAAGGAAUCACUCAAUAAAAGUUCCACAGAAACUUUCACAUGGGGAUCGCAUGUCCUUCUGGUUUAGCGAUGCUGUGCUUUCCUAGAAAGUUAAUCACAUGUCUGGAAAAUCAACAGUGAAUACCAAUUGCUUGCUAGUGAAUUACAUAAAAAAUACUAACGAAAAUUAGCAGUUUAAACAUUCAUUAUAUUUCUCUAACCUCACUGCCUUGAAGCAAAAAACCAGGGAAAUAAAAACUAACCUGAUUUGCGGUUAAACAUUUUUUGCUGAAGUUCGGUGUCAUUAAUUCAAAUGCGCUAAAAAUUUGUGGUCACAUGAACGUUCUAAAUGCAUUGGCCCAUAAAAUAUGCAAAAAAAGGUCGCUCAAUUUUGCAAAAUACAUGCGAGCAUAAAUAAAGUAUUGGAAGAAUAGGUCAAACCAAUUUGGACUGUGGCGCUGUAAAUUAAAAAAAUAUUUGCAUUUCUGAUCAAUUCCAACAGAACAAAACACGUGAAUUGCAGACGAAAAACAAUAUACCAUAAUAUGCGCCGGAAUAAUAAUAACUUUGUUUCCGAAAUUAAAGCCGAAAUCUGAUUAGUCUUAAAAUACUGAUGAGCGAAAUAAAUGGUUUAAAAAUCCAAA